CUUCUUCUUCUUCUUCUUCUUCUUCUUCUUCUUCUUCUUCUUCCUAUUCUCGUCCAGUCCUGUACUAUUAUAUAUACAUAUACAUAUACAUAUGGCUGAAGAAUGCACAGAGAGCUCCGUUGCUACCUCCUCCUCUACGCCACAAAACUGGCCUUGGGAUCUUCAUCAUCAUCACAAUCAUGCCGCCUCCUGGACUACCGCCUGCUGGCACCAACAACAAAACCCUAAUUCUAAUAACUCUUCUUGUGAGGAUGAUGUCUCCAUUUCCACCUCGUUUACUAAUGCCUCCAAUCACUCUGGACUCACCGUCGACUCCUCUCGCCCACUCCUUGAGUCUGCUUCUUCUAACGACUUCAUGCCUGAACACCAACAUGCAGCUUCUGAUAAUCAUCUCUGGACCCAUCUUUUAUUACAUGGUGGGAGUAAUGGAGAAUUGGGCAACAAUCAAGAUGUUGGGGAGAACCUGGUUGAUCCAUUAUCAUCCAAGAGCGUAUCAACAGGGAUUCUGGAAGCUCCAUAUGACUACUUAAAGAAAGUGGGAAGCAAUUGGGAAUUCUCAAACUUUGAUCACCCAAAUCAAACUGAUCAAAUUAGGUUUACCAAACUCUCCAACCUGGUUAGCAACUGGUCUAUUGCACCACCAGACCCAGAAGAAAUCAACACCACCACCCACUUUGAUCCUCACACGACCUCCUGCAACAUUUCUCUGGCUACUAAUAAAUUCUCUAACUCUUCAAACAAUCACUACUCUCAACUUAAACAAUCACUAAUCAGCCCGUCCACUGGUUCGAAUCUUUUGUUGUCUUAUGCUCCUCAUCAUUUGAAAGUGGAAAAUAAUCAAGAUCAUAAUCACAUCAUAAAUAAUAUUGAUCAAGCACCCACAACUGCUUAUUUAAACAGAAGAUCUUCGUCUUCGAUUGGCGGGUAUGGAAAUAUUGGAUAUCAUAUUGGUGUGAACAGUAAUAAUAAUUCAGUGGUGGUAGAAGGUGUAGACAACUAUGUUAUGUCUCAAUAUGCACUGCCGUGUCUAAGUACUACAAGUACAAUUGCAGAUUCACCCCUACAUUUUCCUAGUCGUUUAACCAAGCCAUUAAUUGAUGCUCAUGCAUCCAGACCAUGCACUAAGCCUCUCCAUUUAUCCGAUUCUAAGAAGCAAGCCCUGCCUACUACUACUCCGACAAAAGCUAAUGGGAGAAUGCAAGGUGGAGUUCUCACAAAUGAAGGGAAAAAGAAGAGAUCUGAAGAAACUUCUGAUGCAGCAUUGAAAAAACCCAAGCAUGAAAACUCUACAGUUAAUUCAUCCGUCAAGGCCCCAAAAGUGAAGCUCGGUGAUAGAAUCACUGCCCUUCAGCAAAUAGUUUCACCUUUCGGAAAGACCGAUACUGCUUCAGUACUGCUAGAAGCCAUUGGAUAUAUCAAGUUUCUACAAGAGCAAGUUCAGCUUUUAAGCAACCCUUACAUGAAGUCUAGUUCACACAAGGAUCCAUGGGGAGCGUUGGAUAGAAAAGAUAAGGGAGAGAUGAAGCUUGAUCUGAGAAGCAGAGGUCUUUGUUUGGUUCCUCUAUCAUGUACACCUCAAAUUUACCGUGAGAACGCAGGAUCAGACUACUGGAGUCCAACUUAUAAAGGCUUUUUGUACCGCUGAAAAUUUUCCUUGUAUAAUUAACUUCUUAGUCUCCUACAUGCAUUUUCUAUCUGUUAAGCCAAAUUCUGCUCAAAGUUUAACCUGCUUGAGAUGGGUGCAGCUUAAUUACCAAUAUCAUUAUACCUAUAUAUAUGUAUAUGUAUAUGUAUAUAUAUGUAUGUAUGUCUAUAUAUAUGUAAAAACUUUUCAAAGAUUCUGUUACUCACGGCCUCAUGAUUACUGGGGCAAAUUCCCAAAA